AUGACAAUGUCUUGCACGCACAAAGAUCAUGCAUUGCCAGCUCACUGCUUCCCGGCAUCACUGCAGUCACUCACCUUUAAAUACUCUUAUCAACACGCUAUUGACUCUGCCAACUUGUUUCCUUCGUCGCUCAAGAGUCUGUCUCUGAGCUACGAGAACGCCGAACCAAUCGAACAACUUCCACCCAAUCUAACUACACUCGUUCUCCACUUACAGUUUCACCAGCAUUCGUUGCAGUCCGGAUUCCUCCCGGAUACUCUAACGCAGUUGCGUCUCAAUCAUAAUCAACCGCUUCUUCCAAACAUUCUUCCACCUAACCUCGUUCACCUUACCCUCGGAAACAGUUUCAAUCAUCCACUGUUGCCCAAUACAUUCCCAGAGUCUCUAAAGGAAUUGGUAUUCUGCAAGGAUUUCAAUCAACCUAUUGAACCGGGUAUUCUUCCGCACUCUCUCGUUUCACUCACCUUUGGUCUGUCGUUCAAUCAGCCAUUGGAACAAGGUUCCAUACCAGGUAACCUUGAAACUUUAGUAUUCGGUGCUCGCUACAAAGCUACUCUCCUACCAAAUGUACUGCCAGAUUCUCUUGUCAGUCUGACAUUUGGCAACGAUUGGUGUCCCAAUACCAUUAGAGAGGGUGUAAUCCCACCGAAACUACGAUAUCUAAAGUUCCAACUACAAUUUAAACUCAGAUUUGGCAGUAGCUAUAAUUUCAACGCACAGAGAGAUUUGGUACUACCGAGAACACUGAACGAACUAUGGCUACAGAGUCAACCAAUACGACCACCAACCGCAUCUUCACUUUUAAAAGUCAUCGGUAGAGAUGGUGCGCGUCUCACCAAUGAAAAUAUAGAACUAAAUAAUAAUAAUAAUAAUCAUAAUGAUAUUAGAGUAAGAUCUAAAAGAAAAAAGAAUUGUAAUAUAAUGUAA